AUGGCCGAGGACUCCUACCGAGUAAUAAGGGGCCGUGUGAAUGGUUUAAAGAAAGCUCCGGAUGCGCGAUUGAGGCCGUACUUGGAGCAAGUCGGGUUUGGGUCAGCAGCAUUGAUUCAGACCUCCGACUUGCGCUAUGAUUUAUUAUCUGCGCUAGUGGAGCGGUGGCGCCCAGAGACCUACACUUUUCAUUUUCCGUGUGGGGAGUGCACGGUGACUUUGGAGGAUGUUGCAAUGCAGCUUGGGCUCCCAAUUGACAGGAGUCCCGUAACGAGAGUAUCUUCAUUCACCGAUCCAGCUGCACUUUGUUAUCAGCUCCUACAAGAGUCGCCAGAGGACAAAGAGUCGAAUUUUUCGGGCUUAAAAUUUACAUGGCUGAAAGCCAAAUUUGGACAAUUAUCAGCGACCGCCACUAAAGGUGAGUUGAUGUGCGCUGCUCGAGCGUACAUCAUGCAUAUCAUAGGGGGAGUACUCAUGCCCGAUGCAAACAACAACAAGGUGCAUUUGAUGUACUUGCCCCUGUUAGCUAAUUUGUCCAGUGUUAGCUCGUAUAGCUGGGGCUCCGCCGUUCUAGCAGUGUUGUACCGGGAGCUUUGUCGGGUGACAAACCCGGAUGUUGUAGACAUGGGCGGAUGCCUCACACUGCUGCAGUCCUGGGCGCUCUAUCAAUGGCCCCAAAAUAGCGCCGUAUAA